UGAUGACGUCACCGCGUUGCUUGGAUACUGAGAGACGCCGAUUGUACUUCCGGCUCUGACGUCACCGCGCACAAUCUGACAGAGAGAAAGAGAGAAGCCGUUACUGCAGCAGCGCCCGGCAACCCGAGCACUCUGGUGUACGUGACAUGUCUGUGAAAGCCAGCCAGGAACAGAAGUAUAUCUCUGGGAACAUGUAUGAAAUCAGCUCUUCUGAGCCUCUGUCAGUAUCAGAGCAAUCACGGUACAGUUCUGCAGAAGACUCUUCUCCCGGGAACGUGUCUGUCUCAGAGGAAGACCUCCGCAAUGAGCUGUCUCUUCUGGGAUAUCCCUCUGUUCCCCACAAGAGGUUUCUACAGUUUAAGGAAGACCUGGAACAUCUGAUGCGAAGUCAGAAGCCAGUAGAUUUAUCCCCGGCAUCUUCAGGAGGUGGAGCUGAGGCUGAAAAGGAGAACAACCCGGUUACACUAUCAUGGCCCAUCUCCUCCACCGCAUCUAGCCAGGCUCCAGGGCAGCGAGAUGGCCCCGACUCCUACAGCAAACAUACAGUACGUGUGGGGGGCCUCAGCUUUGGGAAACAAAGGCCACCAGCACUAACACGCAAAGUUCUGCGCAGGAAAAGUGACGGGCAGGUCCAGGUGUGCGAUGAGUCCUUGCUGUCUAGUCUGACGGAGACUGGAGAUGAAGACAUGACGGUAUCUUCUGAAGUUACCCGACCAGAGUCAGUGGGGGAGCAGUCGAUAGACUGCAUAAAAUCCUUUAUCCGCCUUCCACCAUAUUCCCUACUUGACCAGUACAGGCAGCGCUCAGACCCUGUGGGCCGAUAUCAUGGAUAUAAGCAGAGCUGGGAUGCCCUACAGGGAGCACAAGAGCGGAGUAAAAAGGAGCUACGCUGGGAAGUCCGCGAGAGGAUGAUGUCUGCACCACCACUUCCUCUUCCCCGACCACUCCCUACCCCAAAUUCCUAUGUGAUCCCCACGGAUAAGAAGCGGUAUGGGCUACGUUGGGCUAUCAGGCAAGACCUAGUGAAUGGGAACAUUCCGCGGGGGAGCUCCUCAUAGACACUCGUAGCGGAUGUUGUGCACGGUCGGGGACUGGGGUCGGUGUGUCGGGGACUGGGGUCGGUGUGUCGGGGACUGGUGUCGGUGUG